AUGGUAAUCGGUCGCACGCGGAGUCAAGGCUGUAUCCUAUGCAGAAAGCGCAAAAUCAGGUGUGACCAGAACAAACCCUCCUGUCGCAACUGCGCCACAUAUGGCCAACAAUGUCCAGGAUACACCUCCACGGCCCCUCUGAUAUUCCGUAAUGAAAAUAAAAGGGUCGAGAACCUUUUCCUGAAGCACCAUACCACACCCACUGGUACCAAACACAAGCCGAGUAUCGCCAACAAAGACAAGAGUCAAGUCGUCCGUCCCCAGCGUGCCCCCCAACCAGACGCAUUGACUGUCCCUCCUUUCUUACACGACUCAUCCUGGGGAUAUCAUAGCCAUUGCUAUUUCCUCGAUCAAUUCACACUCCCCACCGAACCCGACGGUAGCCCCGGCCCGCUCGACUCGAUUCCCCUGCUCUAUACAUUGUGCGAGAAUGCGACGGCAGGCGGAGCCCCAUUAGCCAGUCUCCGUGCAGCAGUAGAUGCUGCGGCAUUUGCAUCCCUCGCCAAUCAAGCUCGCGUACCAGCACUGACAGUCCAAGCUCGAAAGAAAUAUGGGGAGGCUUUGCAUGAAUUGAACCGCGCCUUGGAAUCAGUACACGAUGCGGUCCGCAAUGAGACGCUGGGGGCUAUUGUCAUGCUCAUGCUUUUCGAAGAUAUCAAUAGCGAACGGAAGAGUCUGAUGAGCACCCAUGUAUCGGGGAUUCAACAUCUCCUGAAACUGCGGGGCCCCGGCCAAUUGGGGGACCCUGCAACGCGCUCCUUAUUCCAUUUCGCCUUCACCCAGAUGCUUAUCCAAUUUAUCGGGCUGAACGAUCCCAUGCGCAUCGAUCUGGAUUGGCUGUUGGAGGUGUUAACCAUCCCACACCCGAUCUAUAACAUGAUGGCAGGCAAUAUAAACAUCAGCAAGUUCUGUGCCACCGUCUCCCAGAUCCUCUCCGACGACUCAUCCUCCGCGGUUGAUCUUUGUACCCUAACUUCCUUACUUGAACGUGGUGAACACCUGGAUCUGGAAUUUUCUCACUGGCAUUCUGGUCUCCCGGAUAUAUGGCUACCAUACAAGACCCAGUCCCCCACCGGCGACGCCAUCAUCCUUUACCCAGAUUACACUUCAGCCGGAGUGUGGAACUACUAUCGAGGGACGCGAAUAGUUUUACAACUGUCGAUCCGAAAGAUCCACCACCGCCUCGAGACAUUGGCUCCGGUCGUGCCCUCCACCACAUCGUCGGAGGGGACUGUACUCCCCCGAACCCCAGAAAACAUCAUGACCGAGAUGAUCAGUGAAAUAUGCGAGUCCAUUCCGUUCUGCAUGGGCGACUUGGAUAUCCUUGGGAGACCGGUGCCUGGAUCAAGACAUGGAAAGACGGGAAUCAAAGCGAUCCAAGGAUUCGCGCUGAUGUGGCCAUUGUUCAGUGUUCCUCAAAGCGGUCAUGCGACGAAAGCACAAGAGAGAAAAGCACGGGAUGCGUUGCGGCGAGUUGCGACGACGCAUGGUAUUCGACUAGGGAUGGACUUGAGUGCUGAGGCGGUGCAGUUUGAUAGGACCUUGAGUCUCCCAGGUUCUGCAUUAAUCAGGCCCGACGUUAGUUGA